CACAAGUGCACCUGCCAGAAGCAUCAUAGCUUCGCAUGUAACUAGCGAUAUGUCACCUAGGCACCGGCGAACGAAUCGCAUAGUGCCGGAUAAGUGGCACGCUUGUACUCCAUUCCAUAGUCUUGUUACACAUAAGAUGCAUAUAAUAUUCCUCCGUUGGUGCGCGCAUCGUUUUUGUUCACGCACACAGUAGUUGCGGGUUAUUUGUUGAUAUUAUAAUGCUUUCGUUAAUCGGUGCCGCCCUUGCUUUGGCUCCGGUAGUGGUUCUAGGCCAGUUCCCGCCGCCGGUGAAGGAUGUUACAACGCUGAAAUCCAAGUACCAUGAGGGAGUCACAAUUUCGUACAAGGAGCCUGGAAUUUGCGAGACCACACCCGGUGUCAAGAGCUACAGCGGAUACGUGCAUCUUCCGCCCGGUCUGCUCUCCGAUAUAAGUGGUGAAAACCAGGACUACCCCAUCAACACCUUCUUUUGGUUUUUCGAGUCCAGAAAAGACCCUCAAAAUGCCCCGCUCGCCAUCUGGCUCAAUGGCGGCCCGGGUGGCUCGUCCCUAAUGGGCGGCCUGCAAGAAAACGGCCCUUGCUUUAUCGGCGCAGACUCCAACUCUACCUACUUAAACCCAUGGUCAUGGAACAACGAGGUGAACAUGCUCUAUCUUGACCAGCCGGCUCAAGUUGGUUUCUCUUACGACGUCCUCACCAAUAUCACUGUAGACCUCCUUCAGGAGGGCGAACUUAAGAAGAUGAUCCCAACGGACUUCACCGACGGCGUUCCUGAGCAGAACAACACCUUCUACGUCGGCACGGCGGGUAGCCAAUCGCUGGGUAAGACCGCUAACACGACUGUGCAUGCUGCGCACGCACUGUGGCACUUCGCUCAGACUUGGUUCGCCGAGUUCCCAGGGUACAAGCCGAAUGAUGACAGAGUGAGCCUAUGGACCGAGAGCUAUGGGGGCCAUUAUGGGCCGGGGUUCUUUAAGUUCUUCCAGCAGCAGAAUGAAAAGAUCAAUAAUGGCACGAUUGACGAGGCGGGAACGCAUCACAUACACCUUGACACCCUGGGAAUAAUCAACGGCCUGCUCGACAACCUCGUCCAGUUCCCCAGCUACAAUCAAAUGGCGUAUAAUAACACCUACGGAAUUCAACACAUCAGCAAAGAACAGUAUGAAAAAACUGUGGACGAAUAUGAGAGGCCUGGUGGAUGCAGAGAGAAGCUGGCAGCAUGUCAGAAGCUAGCUGAAGCAGAAGACCCAGACUGGAGAGGAAAUGUGCCCUCGGUCAUUAAGUGCUUUGACGACAUCCACAAGGUCGACUGCGCAUCGAUGGAUACGUUCGAAAAGAUUCUCACUUGGGGUUGGUACGACAUUGCACACCCAAAAGCUGAUCCAACCCCCGAACCAUACAUGCACGGCUACCUCGCCCAAGAAUGGGUUCUCUCCGCCCUCGGCGUACCCGUAAACUUCACCACAUCAUCCCCCGCCGUCGGCGAUGCUUUCGACUCCACUGGCGACAUCAACCGUGCCGGCUCCAUGCAAGCCGUCGCCUACCUCCUCGACAGCGGGGUCAAGGUGCACAUGAUGUACGGCGACCGCGACUAUGCCUGUAACUGGCUCGGCGGGGAGGCAGUGUCUGUGUUGAUCGAGCACGAAGGCGCCGAAGGGUUCAAGAGUGCUGGGUACGCGCCGAUUCUUACUAGUGAGGGAGAGGGGGGGUUUGUGAGGCAGUAUGGGAAUUACUCCUUUUCACGGGUGUUCCAGGCUGGGCACGAAGUGCCAUGGUACCAACCUGAAGUCUCUUAUGAGAUUUUCAUGCGUGCCAUGUUCAACCGCGAUAUUGCGACCGGCCUCUUGCCUGUGUCGGAUGACCUGACGACAGAGGGCCCGUCUUCGACGUUCCAUGUCAAAAACGAGGUCCCAGAGGUCCCGGAGCCGAAGUGCUACGUUAGGGCUCCAGGUACGUGUACGCCCGAACAGUAUGAGUCCGUGAUAGAUGGGACAGCGAUUGUGAAGGAUUUCUUCGUCGUGGGGAACGUGAAGGAUGAGACGAGAGGGGAUGGCACCCAGAAGGUUAUGGGGAGUCUGGAGAGGGUUGAUGAGCUUUAAGAAGGACAAAUCUUGGCGAUAGUAAUGUAGGCAUUUAUAUCUGAAGGUAUAAAAGUAUUCUGCUGAAAAUAUAAUAAAUAUGUGGAAUACUUCAUCAGAAAUACGAC